GGAUUCAGUGAUACUAAGUAAAGAUACAAAGCAAUAGAAUUCCCUUAGAAAGGUUAAGACCGUGAAAUCAGGGAAUGGGUAACUAAGACAAAACCUGCUGCUGAAGACGCAGGCCUACUAAGAUGUGUUCCUGGAACUCCCGAAGGAGAUGGGAAAUUCCUUUCUUAUUAACCUAUUUUGACAUACUCUUACAACAUUCUUGCCUCAUUUUGUCAUGAGCAGUGAGUGGAAAAGGAGCUGUAUGAUGAUUUGCUGAAUUCACUUCCAUCAUUACCAAUUCACCCCGAGGGCACGGCAGCUCUUCUGUGCCAUCAAAACACCAACCGGCAAAAGCAUCACCAAACUAUGAAGAUAAUUGGCAACUUUGAAGUUAGGGUUAUUAAGUUCAUAUUUGAACCAUAAAUAGCAAAAUAUAAUGAGUUACCAUGAAAUAAGGAACACAAAUAGUCUUUUACAAGGACCCGAGCGCCUGAAACCCGUCAAGAGAACUUACUAAUCCACCAAUGCCAUUACAGAAGGAAUAAACCAAAACAAGGAAAUGGCCAUCUGUCCUGGGGGUCAUCAGCACUGGCCAGGUAUAUAAAGGGACCCGACCCAGAAGAGACAUCACACCUGAGAACACCCAUCCGCUCUCCACUUCUCAGCCCCACUCCAGCCCAGACACCCACCAUGACCGGCUCCUGCUGUGGAUCCUUCUCCUCCCAGAGCUGUGGAGGCUGCUGCCAGCCCUGCUGCUGCAGAGACCCCUGCUGCUGCCGCCCAGUGUCCUGCCAGACCACAGUGUGCCGCCCUGUGACCUGCGUGCCCCACUGCACCAGGCCCAUCUGUGAGCCCUGCCGCCGCCCCAUCUGCUGUGACCCCUGCAGCCUGCAGCAGGGCUGCUGCCGCCCCAUCACCUGCUGCCCCACCUCUUGCACAGCUGUGGUCUGCAGACCCUGCUGCUGGGCCUCCACCUGCUGCCAGCCCAUCUCUGUGCAGGCUCCCUGCUGCAGGCCCCCCUGCUGCCAGCCUGCCCCCUGCCGCACCACCUGCAGGACCUCCCCCUGCAACACCUGCUGCUGAGUCGAUCAACCUUAACGCUAAGGAUUCCUGGCAGAUGGCCAGGUUCAUGCUGCUGCCACUCAGGACAUCAUUUAAAAAAAAUUGCUUUUUCUUGACAAGUAUGUUCUUAAAAUUAAUUCAACCCAUACAUGAAAGAUCCCUUUUGGGACCCUCU